ACUGACACGUUUAGCAAAAAAAAAAUUAACAAUUUUAACAACUUUUAUUUUUAACAAAAAUAAAGGAGUUGGUUAAACGUUUUUGUGCAAACCGUACGUGGGGCUGCGCUUGCGGCCCGAGCGAAGCAAUGGCGCGCCGUCACCGUCCCCAUGUUAUCGCAAUCUCUCUCUCUUUCUCCCUCUCUCCCGUUCGCUAGUUGCCCCGCUCUCUUUCCCACUUCUCUCUCUCUCGAUCGCCAGUUGACCGAUAGCUGUCGCGCGGGAAGGGUGUGGCCCUCAGUGUCGUUCAGUGUUGUGUCCGAUCAAUCGCACGCGCCAUUUUUUAUUGUUUGUUGUUCAAUAUUCAAUAAUGCCGUUUACGCACAGUAACCGCAAGUACUUAGACAUGUUAAUGUGGUACAUUAGAAGUGGCGAAAAUGUAUCUGCAGCUCGUCAGUGGUAGUGAGAUUAGAAACGCGGACGAAUUAAAAAUAAGCAUAAUAAACGCGUUUGAUAUUAUUAAAAGUGACAGAGACACAUUAUUGCGAGUGAAAAACAACGUAAUACGUCGCGUCGUACAAAUUUGUGCAUCGAACAAAGUGGAAGACACUUCCAAGUUCCAGCAUCUUAUGUAAAUAAGUUUCCAAGAGAAGACAAGUAGGACUCUAAAUAUUUGAUACGGAGAACAUCGAGCAAUAUGUGGGUCCGGUUGUGGUUGGCGUUCUGUAUCUGUGCAGUAUCAGUUCGGUCACAACACGCAAAUACGCAAGUGACACAAGAUGGCGCUGCAUUCGGUUGGGGAUGGCAGCUGUCGCCGCUGGGACAGGCCUCUACCAUUGGACAUUAUUACGUCAAGCUACCACAGUCUGAACAGCAAGUGAGGUACGGGCCCAACGGUGGUGGAUACCAAACUGCACCCACUGUGAACAACGCUCAGUCCGCUAAUGCAGCCGUCAGGCAGCAAGCUGAGGAUUUAAGCCAGCAGGCACAAAAUCUCUACCAGCAAAUACAGAACAUAACCCAGCUACCAGCGCCCCCAGCAUCCAACCAGCAACCACUCGACAUCUACCUACUCCAGCAGCAGUACAACCCAGUGCUACCCACCCCCAACUACGACCAUAACCAACUGCGGUACAACGACCCCCAAAGGGAACACUCGAACCCUCUUACGAAAGAGGACUCCAACGAGUAUAAUCCCCAAGUCCUACAAGUCUUUAAAAACCACAAUUGUUCUAAUCCAGAUACUUCAGAAGAAUUACAAAAUGAUUUGGAAAAGUCUAAACAACUAUUUGAAGAAGUCCCAUCGUUUGAUAUACAAGAUAUUAAUAAUUUUGGAGCAACCCAUGCUCCUAGUACAUUUUACAGAGGUGCUGUCAAGUUCAGGGUUGAAACUCCGCGCGAUAAUGCUCGCAGUGAAAGAUUCUACUACACGACCGCUGAGACCCCUUCUACAGCACCAACUGAAAAUGCAACUCAAGUUGGUAUUGAUAAACUAGUAGCUUCUACCCAAGACCUCAUUACUAACGAAGACUUGAUUAUCAUCAAUCACGCUGCAGAAAAACAUGUAAAUGAUCAAUCUGACGAAAUAAUCAAACCACGUGCACGAUUUUACGUGAGAAAUAAUGGGAAUAGUAAUUCUAAACAUAUUACUAUUAAAGCUAAAAUUGAGAACAUACUUAAAAGCGAAGUUGAACAUUUAGAAGAUGAUCAAAAGAAAGAAAAUGUUUUACAUUCUAAUUCUAACAAGUAUGAUUUUGCAACUCCUAUUAUUGUACAAGACAAUUCUUAUAACAACUUCAAAGACCAGAUAGUCGACAAUCUCGUGUCUACAAUGGUCCCUUACAUGGAAGAUGGUUACCAAAUAGUAGGAGUUAGCGAUAGUUCUAGAGAAGCUUACACAGAUGACAGCAGAGUUGAAGACGAUGCAGUAGCUACCGUUUCUCCAAGGCCAGUAAAUCAGAACUAUCUCGCACCAAUCACUGUAGCUUUAAGAUUAUUGAACGCUAACGACACAGAAUCCCUUAACACUAUAGAUGAUCAUGAAGCUUCAGACAGUGAAUUAGUAUCAGACACAGUACGGACCCCACCGAAAGAAAAGACCAUCGUUGAAAUCCAAGAAUCCAUUCCAGUUGAAAUAACUCACAUAAAUGAUGUUGAAGUACAUGAGUAUGUAGAUUUUGAUGAAGGACGAAGCAAUAACAAGGGACCUUUGGAUGUAGCGAAGAAUUUGUAUAACACGUAUGUUGAUGCUUUGAAAUCAUCCAAGAAGAUACAGGAGCAGAUGAAUAAGCUGCUUUAUAAGUACGGUGCGACAAAAGAGGAUAGUCAGGAGAGUAACGAUAAAGAUGAAGAACAGAAAGAGCCUUUGGAAUCAAGUGAAAAUAUGCAAUCUCAAGUUGAAUUAAGACCUAAUGAAGACAACAGUAACAUUCAAAGAAGUGAACAGUACCAAUAUUAUCAGUAUGGUAAUGAUAAUGGUAAUUCUAAGAUAAUCCAACCAAUUAUUAUAGAAAAGGAGAUACCUAUAACCAAAUUCGUUGAUAGAUUCAUCGAAAAGAAGGUUCCAUAUCCACAGCGCGUUGAAAUCAAAGUACCAGUGGAUAGGCCUGUACCAGUGGAGGUCCCUGUUGAGAAAAUUGUUGAAAAACCAGUCGAAGUUACUAAAUAUGUGGAUAAACCAUACCCAGUUGAAGUCCCUAGACCUUAUCCCGUUGAAGUUAAGGUUCCUUAUCCAGUGGAACAAAAGGUGUAUGUAGAUCGUCCCGUACACAUUCCCUACCCAGUGGAAAAGGUGGUUGAGAAGCAAAUAUUACACCCGGUUCCCAUACCCACUCCGGUUGGCAUACCCUAUGAAAUUCAAGUGCCUGUUGAACAUAAAAUAUUAUAUCCAAUUCCAUUUGACAGGCCCGUACCAGUCCCGGUAGAAAUUGAGAAACCAGUUGAAAGAAUAGUUAAUAAGGAAGUUCCUGUACCUUACGCGGUUGAAAAACGUGUACCAUACCCAGUUCAUUACGAAACCAGAGUUCCUGUCCCGUACCCAGUUGAGAAACGAAUCCCAGUACCGGUUGAAAAGAUUGUUGAAAAACCGGUUACAAUUACCAAGUAUGUAGACAAGCCGAUUCAUAUUCAAGUGCCUGUACCUCAUCCUGUUCCUGUACCAGUUCAUGUUCCCCAACCUUACCCGGUCGAAAGAAUAGUUGAGAAAAAAGUUCCAUACCCGGUUCACGUAGACAGAAUAGUAGAAAAGAAAGUCCCAGUCGAAGUUCCCUAUCCAGUGGAAAAAGUUGUGGAGAAAAUUGUGGAAAAACCGGUUGUGGUAACGAAAUAUGUUGACAAACCUUACCCAGUCGAGAAAAAGGUGCCGUAUCCAGUCGAAAAAAUCGUCGAGAAGAAAGUUCCUUACCCGGUCCAAGUCCCAUAUGAAGUUAAAGUACCAUACGCGGUUGAAAAAAUCGUUGAAAAACCGGUACAUGUACCGAUACCUGUAUUCCGUUAUGGGUAUAACAACCAGGGUAGCGAAUCAAGGAACAACGCUCAAACGGCUCAAUCACAGUACAACACAAACGAUAGAAAUAAGAAGACUCCAAUAUUUAUUACACAGUUUUACCAUCAGCUGUUGAAAGAGAGACAGAGAAUUCCCUUACACUCAGUCCAAUGGGGCAACCAAUACGCGUCUUCAUACCAAUACAUAAACAACACUUCAGGAAACAAAUUAGAAGAAAAGAAACCUAAUCCAAUAUCUAGUUACUUAUCAUAUUUAACUAAUGGACAAAGUAAAUCGAACCAGUACUAUGGUCCAGUACCAACAAAAAACCAAGAUGAUUGGUGGCAGAAUAAUAAGGAUUAUGUCGUUGAAGUCAAAAUGAGGAGGGCGGAUCGGGAACCAAGAGUUAGUAACUUAAGGAUCGAAUACGGAGGUUUUAGGCCUCCCUUAAUACCUAGCACUGAGGUUGAUUUAGAUGGCAUGCCCAUUCAUAAGGAAUCGUAAGCGUGAUAUAGUUGUAGUAUGGAACUGUUAUAAAAUAAAUUGAGGCCCAUUUCAAAAUUGGAAAUCGGAAAAUAGGCCUUGGAGAAUGUUGUCUGAAGUACUUUUGCCGUGAUAGUAAAAAAAAUAAGUUGGUUAGCCCGCCAUUUUUUUGUUUUGUACUUACUACUUAUAGUAAUUAUAAUCUGUGGAUUCUGUGGUCUGUGGUAUUAUGAACUAAAAAAUUUGUAGCAAAAAUCUAACUACUUUAUCAUGAAAUUGUAAUUUAUUGCUCUAAUAAACAGCCAAGAUUGGGUUUUGAUUUAAUUCCCUAAUGAGGAUAGUCUGUACGAUAUAAAACUUGUUUGUUGAUUAUACGAAUUGAUUGUUUGCAUAAUAAAAUGCAAUUUUUAGCUUUAAGUAAUUCUAGACUAGACUUAUGAACUUGGAACACCUAUAUUAUGUAAAAAUACCUAAUUUAUUUGUUAGGAAUGUUUUAAUUCUCAGUAUUUUCUUUAGUUAUAAACGCGUGUCAUAAUUUUAGUACUUAACUUUACUUUUAUAGGUAUUAAUUAUUUCUAUGAAGACAAUAUACUCAGUAGUUAAUAAA